GUGGGCGGACGUCAUGAAGGACACACGUACACACGUCUGCACGCAGGCCCCUCCCCUCUGAGGAACCCGGAUGUGUCGGGAUAGUCAGCGUUGUGUCGCCGUGGCACCAGGUGUGAGGAUCUCAGUGAAGUGACUGGUGCUUGUAGAGCCGUCAGGAUGAUGCGAGCAGGAGGACUUUUGAAACUGGCAGUGCUGGUUUCGAUCUUAUUUUUAGUUGUGUUCCUGGCAUUUGAGCUGUUAGAGAGCAAUAUGAAUUUUAAAUUGGGAAAAGUGCUUGCACGAUACGCACCUGCAGAGACUGUCCCUACCAGGCCUCCACGGCACAAAUGCGGCCUUUCUAAAUCAUGUCCCGAGGACCACUUUGCUUUUAAGAUCACCAGUGGAGCAGCCAGCGUCGUCGGCCCGAAAAUGUGUUUUCAGGACAAUGUAUUAAUGAGUGGAGUAAAGAACAACGUUGGACGGGGUAUAAACAUUGCUUUAAUCAAUGGCAAGACCGGCGAGCUCAGCAAGACGGAUUCCUUUGACAUGUGGUCUGGAGAUGUGAACCAGCUUAUCAAAUUCUUGAAGGAAAUCGAAGAUGGAAGUAUUGUCAUGAUGGCCACUUUUGAUGAUCCUGCGACAAAGUUAAACGACGAAGCCAGAAAUCUGAUAGCAGAAUUGGGCAGCUCCAGCAUCAGCAUACUGGGAUUUAGAGAUAACUGGGUGUUCGUCGGAGGCAAAGGCAUCAAGACAAAGAGUCCCUUUGAGCAGCACAUCAAGAACAACGCAGAGACCAACAAGUAUGAAGGCUGGCCAGAGGUUCUGGAGAUGGAAGGAUGCAUUCCUAUGAAACAUGAGUAGAAUCCGCCUCUCACCGUAUUUCACAUUAUUUCCAUGUGCAUCCUGGAGAAGGAUGAAAAGCUCGAAAGCGAACGUAUGCAAAGUUGUAUUGUUCAAUCAGCAUUGACAAUGAUGCAAGUGCGAGUAGAGUGUAGACUUUACUUUUUUUUUUACCUUGCGAUUAGUGCUCCUGAGCAUUCGCCGCUCUGUGUUUUAUAUUUAUUUUACAGGGUUCCCGCUGCGUUUGACCAGUGCGUUUCCAUUGCUUCCUAUUGUUAAUGAUCACUAAAUGGAUUCCACACACCAAAAAAUAUGUAGCCGGGCCAAUACUUUAGUUGAAAAUCGCUAUAAAAAUGUGCAUUUACCAUAGAAAUAUCCACAAAUUCACUCGUUUUUGUGAAUUGUCCAGCCCUGGUGUUCAGUCUUAAAACCCCAGAUCUGUUCCACAGGGUUUGUUUUAAUAACUGGUCCAUAAACGGCAAGAUUGUUUUAGUUUUUUGAGGUUUGUGUCAUAAGGAAAAGAGAUAUUGAAUCAGAUGAUUUACCCUAUUAAUUCUUGUCUAUUCUUUUUCUCCCCAAAAAUAAAUGGAGAGGGUUUUGUUUAUCACUGCACUAUGACGCUCUAAAUGUUGAUCAUACUGGAUUGAAGUUAAAUGGCUGAGGGCUGCUGUAACCAAAAUGUAUUUAUUUCUUUAUGGUAAUAUUUAUUUUUCUACUGGCAAAGGUAUUUUGUCUGCUGGACUUUACUCCUGAAGGUAAAUGAUGAAGAAUCUUGUUUUAAAUCCUUGAAUUUAAAAAUCGGGGCCGAGUUAUUGAUUUGUGUUGCUUUUUGACCUUCCACUGUUUUAACUACUGUUUUCAGCUUUAUGCCUUUUUAUCUUUCGCUUUUUGUGAAUGUCUUUAUAUACGGGAAGUUCAAGUCUGUUUGGUCUUUGCACAUUCUGAUAUUAAAUGCCCUUAGCGUUUACAGCAGGCAAUAACUAUCAUACAACAUAACUGCUUUCUAUUCCUAAUUGUGCCUUCUGCGGUGUCAAUAGUUUCUGCUCUUUUUUUCUUUUUUUUUACCACGUAGUAAAACGUCCCAUAAUUAUUACUGAAGCUAAUGAUAUCUACUUGUUCAUUUUAUAAUUACCUGCACGGUUUUUACUACAUACUGUGAAAUUGUGGAUUGAAACCCAUUUCUUUUUGUAAAAAAAACCAGUCGUGUGCCUUAUUUACCACAACUUAUCAAUUUUUGUUUUUAGUGUGAAAUCACUGAUGUUGCAUGUCAUAGCCUUAACGCGUAAAGCCUUUUAAGGAUUUCCUUUAGUCUAAAUUAAAUCAAAUAAACUGUGUGAUUGCUGAAUCUUUUGUAAUGGCUGUAAGAUAAUUUUUUUUGUAUUUAAAAGAAAGUUUAAUUAAAACGAAGUUGCGCAAAUGA